UUCGUGUAUAAAGCAAAAGUGACAAGCAGGACGUGAUAUCGCUAAGAAAAACAAUAAUGGAGGCGUGUAAUGUCGUUGAACGUGAAGUUGACAAGAUUUUAUUAAAAUUUGGAGUGGUAAACGAGCAUGCAGAGACAGUACUGCAGGAUCUAAUAAAUCAUAUCGAAUCUUUAAAAAGGGAAUUUACUCAAGCACCAGAAAAUCAUGAAUUAACCCCAGGACAAGUGCAAAUAUUAAAAGAGGCAAUGAAAAAAGUUUGUGAAACUGUACAUCGUUUAACCACAGAACACAGAGAGUUACACGGUUCUGUUUCAAAAGUAGGAAAAGCAAUUGAUAGAAAUUUCACUGCAGACUUCGCAAGUACAAGCAGAGAAGAUGUUUUUUCAGGUCCAGAAAAGUCACAUCUUUUAAAUCAAGUUAUUUGUCAGCAUUUUUACCGUCAUGGCAUGUUGGAUAUUGCAGCAGAAUUAGCAGCAGAAGCUGGAAUUAAAACAGAGGAAGGUACAAAGGAGCCAUUCACAGAAUUAAAUUAUAUAUUGGAUUGUUUAAAGCAAAGAAAUCUGGAACCUGCGCUUGAAUGGGCUAAAAGACAUAGAGAAGCACUUCUAGCACAAAAUUCGUCUCUUGAGUUUAAGCUUCAUAGGUUACAUUUUAUAAGACUGAUUCAACAAGGACCUAGCAAACAAACUGAAGCAAUAAAUUAUGCUCGUCAAAAUCUUACGCAAUACGUCGGACGACAUGGGAAAGAGGUGCAGGCAUUAAUGGGCACAUUAUUAUAUUUACCAAAUGGCAUACAGUCCUCUCCUUACAGUCAUUUAUUGGAUCCUACUUUAUGGCUAGAUAUUCACGAUGUAUUCACGAGAGAGGCUUGCACAUUAUUUGGUUUAAGCGUAGAUAGUCCUCUUUCUGUAUGCAUUAAUGCGGGUUGUACUGCAUUACCAACGCUUUUGAACAUUAAGCAAGUUAUGCAACAAAGACAAGUAAAUACCGUUUGGAAUGGAAAAGAUGAAUUACCUAUUGAAAUAGAUCUCGGCAAAGACGGUCGUUAUCAUUCUGUUUUCGCGUGUCCAAUUUUGAGACAACAAAGUACAGAGAAUAAUCCGCCAAUGAAAUUAGUCUGUGGACAUGUUAUUUCAAGAGAUGCGUUAAAUAAACUUACUAACGCAAACAAAUUGAAAUGUCCAUAUUGUCCAGUAGAACAAAAUCCAGAAGACGCUAGACUUAUCUACUUUUAGAUUACUGUGAUACAAUAAUGUGAACGAUCUAUAACGCUUAAGCCAACGGGAAGGACAUACAUAUACUUAGAUCAAAUCAUUGUAUGCCGCGAAUUUGGUAAUCGUCAUUUUUUAUUUGGCUUAGUACAUUGAUUUCCGAUCUUGUCAUCAAAACGUGCAAAUAAUAGAUUAGCACAUUUUACUAUGGAAAAGUGUCGAAUAUUUGGUAAAUACUUUGGUGACGACAAUUGACACUGUUUUAUUAUUUUAGUGUCUUUUGAGAAGUAAAUAUCUCAACGUAAUUACGUAUAAGUUGAAGUAUGUUAAUUUAAUUAUAAUUGUUCGAGAAUGAAAUAUAAAUAUAAAUAAAUAUGCAAAUAUAUAUAUAUAUAUAUGCGUAUAAAUAAAUAUGCAAAUAUAUAUAUAUAUAUAUGCGUAUAAAUAAAUAUGCAAAUAUAUAUAUAUAUAUAUAUGCGUAUAAAUAAAUAUGCAAAUAUAUAUAUAUAUAAAUAAAUAUGCAAAUAUAUAUAUAUAUAAAUAAAUAUGCAAAUAUAUAUAUAAAUAUAUAUAUAUUUAUAUAUUUAUUUAUUUAUUUAUUUAUAUUUAUAUUGCACAUCUUCACGUAUACGCGAAUACGAUAAUAUGAUUAUAGUAGUAUUAAGUAAUGUUUUUGUAUAUACUGCUGUUGAAUGUUAAUUAUCAAUUAAAGUUGUUUGUAAUAAUAGCUAUCAAUGAGAGAUGAUAUGUGAGUUACAUAAAAAGUCGAUGUGUAUUAACGCAAUCAUAUUAUAGUCUUUUCGUUUGUAACGUAGGAUCUGAUUCAUCCGUCGAAAAUGAUUACAUAGUCAGUCAUCGAUACGUGUUCUCUAACAAAAUAUUUUUCUACCCUGGAUAUCUAGAGAAUAAAUAAAUUUAAUAUUGUGUA